CCCCGGGGGCACUCGGCCCCCAGCCCCUCUGAAGAGCUGCCCCCGGGAUCUGGGAGCAAGGGUCCCAUUCUUCCCGCAGUGGCCCUGGGGGUUGCUGCGGUGGAGGGGGUGCUAACAGCGCCGCCACUGCUCCCAGUGGCUUGGGUGCUGGAAGUGGGGUGCGGCUGCACCCUCUGGCUUGAAGUGGUUUUUUCCAGCAUAUCCAGGGUUUACAGUUUGGUUCAAUGGCUCUGGGCACCCACACUGAACAAAUUGUUCCAGUGCCCCUGCUUGGAUGGGGUUACACCGGGGAUGGAUGUAUCCCCGGCUUAGCCAGUUAAACAUUCUCUUUCAGUGAGACAGUCCGGUUCUGUGACCUCCUUCCUCCCUUCACUGUCACGGGGAAGGACAGUGACUUUGAUUUCACUCUCUCGCCUUCCCUUAUUCCCACGUUUUUGACUGCCCACUAUCAGUGUGACCUCAUGGAGCCGGAUGCUGAGACGGUCAGCGCUCCCAGGCAGCUGGGGAAGUACAGAAUCAAGAGAGGCAUAUACACUGAAGAGCAGUUCCAGAAAAACUAUGAAAGAAACACUCCCUCCCCAAGGAACAGGGACUUCAGAAUCCAAGGAAGGGUCCAGUGCAGAUUCUCCUGGGCAAGAUUCAGAAAGAUCAUACUCAAGAUGUUUCCUAUCCUGAACUGGUUGUGUGCAUAUCGAGUCAGAGAGUGGUUCCUGAACGAUAUACAUGCUGGCCUAAGUGUGGGGAUGGUCCAGAUUCCACAAGGACUGUCAGGAGUUUUGUUAACGAGGUUACCACUACCAGUUGUCAAUGGCUUCUAUUCUGCAUUCUGCUGCUCAUUAACAUAUGUCAUAUUCGGGACUUCGCACCAUAUCUCCAUUGGUUCAUUCAGCAUUCUGAAUGCAAUGGUGGCAGAUGUUCUGAAGACUCUGAAUUUCAGCUCUGUAUUGACUGCUAAUGGAACCUUUGCCAAUUUCUCAGAUGCAAAUUAUAUGAAGAGUUACAUGGAAGCCUUGACACUUACUGCAUCAACGACAUUUCUGACUGGGAUCAUCCAGUUGCUUUUAGGCUGCUUCUGCUUGGGGUUUGUCACAACCUAUCUGCCAAAGACUCUCAUUGAUUCUUACCUCACUGCAGCAGCGCUGCAUGUCAUCGUAUCCCAGUUCUCCUUCAUCUUCGGGAUUGUGAUCAACUUCCAUAUGGGCCCCCUGGCCAUUUUCUAUAACCUGUUUCAGUAUUGCGUGGCUCUCCCAAAGGCUAAUGCCACCAGUAUCUUGCUAUUUUUGGUUGGCCUAGUCAUGCUGAGGAUCAGCAAUUGUAUCAAGAUAACUUACAAGCACAGUCCUGUUGCAUUCCCUAUGGAACUUCUCCUGAUUAUUACAAUCACCAUUAUUGCUAACCAUGUGCAUCUGCAUGCUGAAUCCAGUAUGCUUGCGGCCAAAAUGGUUCCACACAGGUUUCUGCCUCCUACUCUGCCAGACUUAUCAAAUUUGAGCAGGAUUGUAGCCCAUGCCUUCUCCCUGGCUAUUGUAAGCUACUUCCUUCUCAUUUUCGUGGGAAAGAGGUACGCUUGUAUUCACAACUACAACAUCUCCAGCAACCAGGAGCUCAUGGCUAUAGGGCUAUGCAAUAUCUUCAGUUCAUUUUUCAAAAGCUUUGCCGUCAGCUGUGCUAUUUCUGGGACUGUCAUUCAGGAGAAGACAGGUGGAAAAACACAGUUUGCAGCACUAAUUGGAACAUCCAUAAUGCUAGUGGUAGUGAUGAAAGUAGGACACUUUUUCCAGGCUCUGCCUAAUGCUGUACUAGCUGCGAUUGUAAUGGUCAACAUGUUCCCAUUUCUUGAAAAAUUUAUGGACGUCCCCACCCUGUGGAGACAGGAUAAGUAUCAUUUUGUUAUUUGGAUUGUGACUUUUGCAGCCGUUCUGUGUCUUGGUCUCGAUAUCGGCUUGGCCAUCGCAAUGGGAUUCACCUUCUUCAUCAUCACUGUUAGGUCACACAGAAUGAAGAUUGUGAUGCUGGGCCAGAUUCCAAACACAGAUCUAUACAGAAGUUUAUCUGACUACAAAGCAGCAGCGGAGAUUGAAGGUGUGAAAAUCUUCCAGUGUUGUUCCUCCAUCUCCUUUGCAAAUAUGAGACACUUCAAAGGCUACUUGUUAGAGAAGAUGGAUGUGAAAGCUGUGCCCCUCGAUGAAAACGAAAUGAGAGCUUUAAUCUCCGUUAGUCUGUCUAGCACUGGAAUGGAGAAAAAGGAUUUUCAGUGUGCCUGUGUUUGUGAUCCACCUGAGCCAUUACCCAGGAUACCCUAUACUGAGAAACUGGUGAAGCGACUUCAUAGGGAUAAUGAGUCUUCAUCAUCUUCCCUGAAUUUGAUACGUUGGUCAAAGUUUGAAAGCAAGCACAGUUCUGGGACUCUCACGACAGGAAUGUUGCAAACACAGCGUGCUCAGUCCACAGCCAUCAGGCUCAGGGCAGCCAGACCUGAGAGUGGAAAGAAGAAGGAUGAAGGGGAGAGAACAUGGCAUUCUUCAGACCCUGGAGUAGAUACUUCCACAACACUAUUGUGCCAGGAAGCAACACAGUUGCGGUCCACAGAGUUUUCAACAUAUCCAGUCCACACUAUUAUUUUAGACUUCAGCAUGGUGCAGUUUGUGGAUUUGCAAGCUUCAGAUUUACUGAGGCAGAUGUUCCAUAUGUUUCAGAAUCUUGGUAUUUCGGUCCUGAUAGCCAGCUGCCACCUCUCUGUAAUAGCAAUCUUUGAGAAGAAUGAUUUCUUUGAUGGCUGCGUCACCAAAGCCCGGUUCUUUCUAACCCUGCAUGACGCUGUGCUGGCCGCUUUGGAACAGAAUCAAAGGCCAGAGAUUGUGGAACUCAGUGCUGGAGACCCUGAACAGGAGUUAGAUGAAGGGCUCACAGAGGAACAGAAGAUUACCAGGAGCGAACUCUUAAAUGAAGAGCCAAUAUCAGAUCUCUUCCGCACAUAUUCACUCCAGAGUGAAGCAGAGAUGAACAUAUUCCAACAGUAUGAUGCUCCACCUCCUGAGCCAGGUGACAGAGAUGAGGAGUGGGAGCAGAAGUGGAAAUAUGCCAGAGAUCCCUGAGAUGCACAAGAGCGGACAGGAAAUCCUAGUCCAGUAUAUGGGGAGAGGUGCUGCUACAGCACAGUUGAGGUAGUUCUUGCCUGCAUUUUGGGUUUUUUUGCCUUUGUCUCUUUCAAAGUUACUGAAAUAGCCAACUAGCCAGUCCAUCCAAUGGUUCUGCUGGUUUAAGGAAACUAGCACAGUGUAUGAAGUUACUCUUCAGGACUUUCAAACAGAGGGACUAUUCAGCAGCAGUUUUAACCUUUGUACUGAAUUAACUAUAAAGCUUGGAGCCAUUAAAUGAAUUUUUACAGGUUUCUGAAAUUCUCUGUAGUUUUUUAAAUGUCCUCAAACAUGGCACAUCUUUUGCAUAUUUUGUUUUUCUAGGGACUAAAUCUCGUUUGCAGUUUUCAGCAGAUUGCACACCUGCUAUUUCAUUAGCCUCAGACGCAUGCAAAACUAGAACAGUGUUUCUCAACCUUUUUGAUACCAGGGCUUGCUGCCUUCCUAGACUGUGUCAAGGAGAUCUCAGGGACCGGUGCUGGUCCAUGGACUUGGUCACUGAGAAACACUGCUCUAGAAGAAAGCAUUUAAUCACUGAUACUUUGCUAAAGUUGCCUAGUGUAUUCAGUAAAAACUCAAUACUGUGACUUUUUUUCCAGUCCUGCUAUAACCUCCUACCAGUGAAUUAUGUUAUUUGCUUCUCUUUUUGGUAGACGUUCACUGAGACAGCAACAAAUGGAGACAUUUAGUUCAGCUUCAUUAUUAAGAGCUGAGAAAAUGGCUGCUUUACAAUAAGAAAUAGGUGGCAAGUGGAAAAAAACAAACUUCUCAAUUGUGUUAUCCGAGUACCAGCCUCAUACUCAAUAGACUGGUGAAACUGUGACAUCACCAUAAUGGUGCAUGCUGGGGUUUUAUUUGGAACAGGAGCAGUCUUGCUAUAUCAGGGAGGCACAUCCCAUCCCAUCCUACCGUGUGUACAUUGAGGGAAUUCUUCCCUGGCCUCAGUACCGAGAGUGAGGACUGAGGGUGAAAUUCAUCAGCACAAGGUCCAUGUACCAUUUAAGCCCUUUUGUGAGAGCAUAAAUUAGAUUUAAACUACUGUACUGGUCCUGUGCUCCAGCAUGAAUUUCACUCUGGGAGAGCAUCUCCAGCUUCUGCUGUGUGCAUGGUCCAUGUAGCAGGGAGACUAUAUAGGACUCUUCCACGGCUGGGCUGUUCCUGGCGGUUAACUUUUAACUAUAUGGGGGUGCAUAGAAAUGUUAAUAUUUAAUUAUUUGUAAUGUCACCUGCAUUAGUAAAUCCUCCAGACCUUUUAAAUUUAAAUUCUUACUGCUUCCAGGGAGUUUCUGGAGGAAGGACAUGGUACUGUAUCUGUGUAAGGUGAAAUGGUAAAAGGUUUUUUAAAACAAUAUAUGUGUGCAUUCUUACAGUGGACGAAGCUUUCAAUCUCACAGCUCUGACACUUGUGAAUGGAACUUUCAGUUCUUCCUGUCUUUCUAACAGUGCGUCCGAUGAAGUGAACUGUAGCUCACGAAAGCUUAUGCUCAAAUAAAUUUGUUAGUCUCU